CCCAGUUGCCUUGCCCAAGUUAGAAGUUAGAAGACACUUCCACCGACGCCUUCCAAGUUCCAACCACAGAAACCAGAAGUGUCGAAGAAACCAUGGCCGCCUCUUCCCGCCACCUCCGCCACCUCCGCCACCUCUCCAGCGCCGCCGCUGCUGCAGAAGCCGCCACAACAGCUGCUGCUGCUUCUUCCUCAAUCUCCAUCUCGAAGGCGAAAUCCAAGCUCCGAUCCGAACACGAUCCCGACAAGGCCCUGAAAAUCUACUCUUCCGUCUCCGACCGCUAUUCCUCCCCUAUCUCCUCCCGCUACGCCCAGGACCUCACCGUCCGGCGCCUAGCCAAGGCCCGCCGCUUCUCCGACAUCGAGUCCCUCAUCGAGGCCCACAAGUCCGACCCUAAGAUCAAGCAGGAGCCUUUCCUCGCCACUCUGAUCCGAUCCUACGGCCUCGCCGGAAUGUUCGACAACGCUCUCUCGACCUACACUCAAAUGGACCAAUUGGGUACUCGUCGAUCCUCCAUCUCUUUCAACGCCUUGCUGUCUGCUUGCAACCAGUCGAAACGUUUCGAUCAGGUCCCGAUCUUGUUCGCCGACAUCCCGUUCAAAUACGGCGUCAAGCCUGAUAAGAUCUCGUACGGUAUCUUGGUCAAGUCUUACUGCGAGUCCGGGAAGCCAGAGAAGGGUUUGGAGAUACUGAGAGAAAUGGAGGAGAAAGGAGUGGAAGUGACUGCCGUCACUUUCACCACCAUUCUGGAUUGGCUGUACAAGAAAGGGAAUAGCGAAGAGGCUGAGAGGCUGUGGAAUCGAAUGGCGAAGAGGGGUUGUGAAAUUGAUGUUGCUGCUUAUAACGUUAGAAUCAUGAAUGCACAUGAUAGAGAGCCUGAGAACGUCAAGGAGUUGAUCGAAGAGAUGGGGACUUCCGGGUUGAAACCCGAUACAAUCAGCUACAAUUACUUGAUGACUUGUUACUGCAAGAAGGGUAUGUUGGAGGAAGCUCAAAAUGUGUAUACGAGGUUGGAGGAAUUCGGGUGCAAGCCGAAUGCCACCACUUUCAGGAGUUUGGUAUACUACUUGUGUCUGAACGAGAGGUUCGAGGCCGGGUACAGGGUGUUCAAGACUAGCGUGGGGCACAACAAGAUCCCGGAUUUUAAUACGUUGAAGCAUUUGGCAGAAGGGUUGGUGAAGAAGAAGAAGAUCAAAUCUGCGAAAGGGUUGGUUCGCACGGUUAAGAAGAAGUUCCCACCUAAUGUGUUGAAUGCUUGGAGGAAAGUUGAGGAGAAUCUUGGCCUUGCAUCUGUUAGUGGUGAGGGUGAUGGUGAUAAUGAAGAGGAAGAAAAUGAAGAUGAGACUCAAGAAGCUGCAGCUCAAUCAUAAAAGAAGAAAUGGUUGUAAGAUUUUAAUGCUGCUGCCAGUCGAUUUACUAUAUCUCAUAAAGUUGCAGCCGUGAUUGCUUGAGUUUGGCUUUGUAGUUUAGUUCUAGGAUGAUGUAUCGCGCUUGGCUGCCGAAGAGCUAAACUGGGGCCGAGGAAAUUUUUUCGAGCAUCACGCAUACAUAACUUUGGUUCGGUUGCGUACUUCAUUUCGAUGCUAUUGAGGCUGAUGAGCAUCUGAUAUGAAGUUUUGUUUUCAGCUUGGAUCCAAGUUUCUAUGGAACGUUUAAAUUAGUUUGUACUUUCAGGUCAAGGCAGCUGCUUCACCUAUUUCUGUGCUAAACUAAGGUUCUUGUUGCAUAUGUGGAAGAGAGCACAACAGAGGCAUAUAGAUUCAGAGAACAGUAGACUUUCCUGAAACAGGCUCUGGUUCAGGAAGUGUUCAUUUCUCCGAAAGAAAGGCUCGCCAUUGUCUCAUUCGAUCUCUGUAUGCAGUUCCUUCUUAUUCUUCAGCUUCCUAUGAAGAGACAGAGAGAGAGAUAUCGGUCUAAUCAUCUCGACGAACCCACAAGCAACUGCCUAGCCAGCCAGCUAUGAGCUACCCCAUACUUUUGGGGCACAUACAAACAACGUGUUCUAGAGAUGGAGGAAUAAACAGUCACGAAACCC